UGGUUAUGGAAGAUUGAAGAAUUAGGUUGUUCAAUGAUGUUUUACAGUUAAAUGACUUUUAAUUUGUAAUCUUAUGGACAUAUAAUCGUGUUGGAGUAAAUUACGUUGUAAAUAUUACGAUUGAUAAACACGAUAUAUUUAAUUUUUCAAAAAUGAGUCGUAGGAGAGUUCACGAAGAAGAAGAUGGAUAUGAACGAGCAUAUAAAAAACGUAGGAGGGUAUCAGAGAAUCAAGAGAUUGAGGACAGACUUGAAUCUCUUAUUUUGAGAGUAGGAGAAAAAUCUACAUCAUCUCUGGAAAGCAAUCUUGAAGGUUUAGCUUCAGUGUUAGAAGCUGAUCUUGGAUUAUUUCGUAGCAAAAUACUUAGGAUUUUAACUGAAUGUGCUAUUAGAAUGCCAGAGAAGUGUACAAUUUAUACUACACUUGUUGGGUUGUUAAAUGCAAAGAAUUUCAAUUUUGGUGGUGAAUUUGUUGACUAUAUGGUAAAGAAUUUUAAAGAUGCACUAAAAGCCUGUAAAUGGGAUAUAGCUAGAUAUUCAUUAAGAUUUUUAGCUGAUUUAGUAAAUUGUCAUGUUUUAUCUUGUGGAUCUUUAAUGCAGUUGUUUGACAAUAUGUUAGAUACUGCUAAUGAAGAUGGUGUACCUCAAGUAAGACGAGAUUGGUAUGUGUAUGCUGUAUUAUCAACAUUACCAUGGGUAGGAAGAGAAUUAUAUGAGAAAAAAGAACAAGAAUUGGAUCAUUUAAUGGUCACAAUAGAGAUAUUUUUAAAUAAAAGAAGUAAAAAGCAUCAACCAGCAUUAAGAGUUUGGUCAAGUGAUACACCUCAUCCUCAAGAAGAAUACUUAGACUGUUUAUGGGCUCAAGUGAGGAAACUUAGACAAGAUAAUUGGGCAGAGAAACAUAUUCCUAGACCAUAUCUAGCAUUUGAUUCAAUAUUAUGUGAAGCAUUGCAACAUAAUUUACCUACAAUAAUGCCACCACCACAUCAUGAAUCUUAUUCUUAUCCAUUACCUACAGUAGUUUUCCGCAUGUUUGAUUAUACUGAUUGUCCAGCUGAAGGACCAUUGUUACCAGGAAGUCAUGCAAUAGAACGUUUUCUUAUAGAGGAACAUCUAAGGCAAAUUAUCAAUAACUAUUUCUUUGAAAGAAAAGAUUGUGCAGCUCAACUAUUGAACUUUCCAUAUAAAGCAAAAAUACCAUUGGACUAUUGUAUUGUUGAAGUAAUAUUUGGGGAACUGUUUAGAUUACCAGCACCAAAGCAUUUAGAAAUAUGCUAUGGAUCAAUUUUAAUUGAGCUUUGUAAAUUACAGCCAUCAACAAUGCCACAAGUUUUGGCUCAAGCGACAGAAAUUUUGUUCCGUCGUAUAGAUAGUAUGGCCGCUACUGCUUUUGAUCGUUUUGUUUGGUGGUUUGCGUAUCAUUUAAGCAAUUUUCAAUUUCGUUGGUCUUGGGAAGAUUGGGAUUCUUGUUUACAACGCGAUCCAGAACAUCCACGGCCGAAAUUCAUUCGAGAAGUACUUCUAAAAGCCUUACGAUUAUCGUAUUACCAAAGAAUACGAGAUAUGAUGCCAGAAUCAUACGCUGAUCUAAUUCCACCGCCUCCAGAGCCUAUUUAUAAGUACACUUUCGAGGGUGCCAGUUCGCUUCCGGGUACCGCAGCAGCUCAUGAAUUAGUUGUAUCCAUUAGACGUAAGUGUACACCGGAAGAAGUACUCAAUGUAUUAAAUACGUUACCAGGUCCUAGGGAAAAUGAAGAGACAAAUAAUUUCAAUCCUUUGAAAAUCGAUGUCUUUGUACAAACAUUAUUGAAUUUAGGUUCGAAGAGUUUUAGUCACAGUUUUGCGGCAAUAGGAAAAUUUCAUGAUGUUUUUCAAGUCCUUGCUGAAACUGAAGAAGCUCAAAUAUGCAUUCUGAGAAAUAUGUAUGCAUUAUGGAAGAAUCACUAUCAAAUGAUGGUAGUUUUAACAGACAAAUUCUUAAAGACUGGAAUUAUCGAAUGCAGUGCCAUCGCCAAUUGGAUAUUUUCUAAAGAGAUGGUGUCAGAAUUUACUAAAUUAUAUAUCUGGGAAAUUCUUCAUUUAAUUAUUCGAAAGAAGAAUAAACAUGUAUCAAAGUUAAGUACGGAAUUAGCGGAAGCUCGUGAAAAAUUGAGAAGAGCAGAAAGUAGAUCGGGUUCAUCAUCAGAAGACGAAGAUUCCAACAAAGAUAGAAACAGAGAAAAGCCAUCAGAAGACGUAGUGGAAAGAAUGGAGGAGAAAUUGGAAACAGCUCAAGCAGACCAAAAAAAUUUAUUCCUUAUUAUUUUCCAGCGUUUUAUAAUGAUUCUGUCAGAGCAUUUAGGACGUUGUGAUACUGAUGGUAUAGAUUAUAAUACUCACUGGUACAGAUGGACUAUAGGCAGAUUACAACAAGUGUUUUUAACUCACCAUGAACAAGUUCAAAAAUAUUCGUCAACAUUAGAGACUUUACUUUUUACACCAGAUCUGGAUCCUCAUAUUUUAGAUGUUUUUCACCAGUUCGUUUCUUUACGAGCAUGA